GCGAGCGCAACCAUUAUCACCACCACGAUCAAGUGCAUAUAUUAGAUAUAAUUCAUUACUCGGGAAACGUUAUUCGCGUUGGUUACGUGGAAGACCAGCUAUUACAAGGAAUUACUUUACUUCGUUUUCGGAGAAACGAGGUUACUCGGGAGCUGAAGCAAUUAUGAACGAAGAGGCGAUUUGGCAUCGAUGUCAUUCCAACAUGCAUAGGCCUAAUAACAAAUCAGACAGUUCGACGAGAAAAAGAUCCGUCGGUUUGUCGUACGAGAACAUCCAGAUUAACUCGUCGGGUUAUGCGCAGCACGAGUACCAACGCGUCAAAUUGCAACAUCCGCAGUCGCAUCUAGACGUGGCCAACUACAGCAACAUGUACAACGGUAAUGCCGUUCGCAAGAACUUGAUAACGAGUCAAUCUUUCGGCAACGACAGGAAAAAUUGUAACGAUGCGUUUACGAAACCAGCGGAUAGAGGAACUUUCAAAGAUUACUGUGAUCACUGCACUAUCCACGGCUUAAAAUACGUAGGCGAUACGACUCUUCCGAAAUUCGAAAGGAGCUUUUGGAUGCUUUCAGUGGUGCUCGCGCUCUGCGGAGCGGCAUUUUUCAUCUGGCAUCUGUACUUCAAGUUCACCACGACGCCAAUCAUCAUAUCGCGCAGCUCCGUGAGCGUGACAAUCGAUCAGAUCCCGUUUCCUGCGCUCACCAUCUGCAACAUGAACAACGCCAAGAAAACCGUGGCCGACGAAAUAAGCCGGGGUACGUUGUUCAGAGGAGACGAGCUGCAGCAAUUCUUACUUGACGACAUUUGCGACAGGAAGAGCGACGCGGGCCUCGUCUCGGAGAGCGUGAAAAAAGAAGCCAGCAAGUCCGGCUAUUUCCUUGAUUUUUUGCGAAAGGCAUCGCAAAGCUGCUCGGACAUGCUGUACUUCUGCAAAUGGAACUCGAACGUGACGAAUUGCACAGAUCUGUUUAAUCCCGUCUACACGGACGAAGGUCUAUGCUGCAAUUUCAAUUCUGUCAAGAGAAUACUCAGAAAGGGACGCAAAUGGGAUGGAUUAGACAUCUCGUGGGCUUCUGACAAGCACGUCGAUUGGAAUCCUGAGUACAUGUUCAAGAAAACCGACCCAGCCAUGGCGAUACCGUGGCGUGGACGUGGGAGUGGUGUCAGUCAUGGUCUAACUUUGGCGUUAGACGUCGACAUUGGCGAGUACUAUUGUUCAUCGACGGCAAGCGUUGGAUUCAAGAUGCUGUUGCACAGUCCAGUGGAGUCACCACAGAUUAGCGAUUACGGCUUCACCCUGUCGCCUGGCAAGGAGACGCGGGUAAUCAUAACCCCUCACAUUACCGACGCCGACAGUGCCAUUACGAAGAUAGCGCCGAAAAUUCGUCAAUGCUACUUCUUACACGAGAAGAAGCUGCGGUAUUACAGGACUUACACUCAGCGUAACUGUCAACGCGAGUGCGAGACUAACUUCACCCUUCAGCUGUGCGGUUGCGUGCAGUAUUACAUGCCGGCCGAAGCCAGCACGAAGCUGUGCGGAAAAGCCGAGGAUCAGUGCACCACUUUCGCAAAGAAAGUUAUGAACGACAAACUGGACGACGACGAGGAGAAUCACAACAUUUACAACUACACUGUUCUCAGUUGCAAAUGUUACCCAGGCUGUUUCGAGAUUAAUUACAGCACGGAGAUAUCGCAGAGCAUGCUGGUGGCUACUUUCGAGGUUGAAGAUGAGUUUUUCAAAAACAAUCCAGCCUACUACGAAAAAAACAUUGCUAUCGUGCACCUGUUUUACGUGGAUACGUCGUACAUGAAGUACACGAAAAACGAGCUUUACGGAUUUGCAGAACUACUCUCUAAUACAGGAGGGCUAUUAGGACUGUUCAUGGGUUUCAGUCUACUGUCGGUAACCGAAAUGUUGUAUUACGUCAUGCUAAGGAUACGUACAAGCUUUCACAGAAACAGAAAAGCCGAUAAUGCUAAGUUACAAGUUGUUCCGGCUUUCACUAAAAGGCGAGCUGUCACGUAUCCUUUCACUCAAUGACCAUUCAUAAGAGUUUGAUACGUUGCUAUUCGCUAUGACUAACGAGAUAA